AAUGAUAUUAUUCAGUAGAGAUGUAACCGGGGAGAUGGUUCGUUGAGAAAAGUCAGAUUGACAUAGUAUAUUUUGGUACUGAAUUGGAAAUACAUCUUUGUAGUAUUAACAUUUAUUUAAUUGAGAUAAACUCACAACAUGGCGCAGUCGUGAAACGAAGCUACGUUAUUAUAAUCAAAGGAAGAAGAAAUGGAAUUUUUGAAGCAACCAGCGUCAAUGAGUAUGAGUGGGGACUUGGGAUCAAACUGGCGGAAGUUCAAGAACAGUUUCACCCUUUACUUAGUUGCAACAGGGUGUAAAGAAAAACCGAAAGAGGUCCAGGCGGCGGUUCUAUUACAUUGUCUAGGAGAAGAGGUUAGUGAAGUUUUGGAGACAUUGGAUUUGACAGUUGAUGAAAAAACUGAUCCAGAUACGAUAGUAAAAAAAUUAGAUGUUUAUUUCCUACCUAAAUGCAAUUCUAGUGUGGAAACUCACAAAUUCAAUUCAAGAAAUCAACUUUACGGUGAAUCAUUUGAACACUUUUUGGCAGAAUUAAAAAAAAUUGCUAGAGAUUGUGAGUUUGGCACAUUCAGAGACAGGCUUAUAAAAGACAGAAUAGUAAGUGGGAUCAGAGAUCGGAAAGUGAAGGAGCGCUUGCUGCGUGAAACAAAUUUAGAUUUGACAAAGACAAUUGAAAUUUGUCGUGUUGCUGAACAAACUGAACAACAUAUUAAGGAAAUGAUAGAUAAAACAGAAAACCUUGAAGUUAGUGAAAUUAAACAUGGAAAGAACAGAAUGACUUAUGUGAAUGAAAAUAGCAUGUAUGCUAGAAGACAAGAAGGAAACCAAUAUAGAAGACAGCUCAAUAUGAACAGUUCCAGUCAUGAAAAUAAACGGGAACAGAACGUAUUCACUAAAAGAGGCAGAACAAGUGAUGGAGGAACGCAUAGUGAAAAUUCUCAUCAGUCAAAAUGUGGCAGAUGUGGAUUAAUGCACCGUAAUCGUAAAUGUCCAGCUUUUGGCAAACAAUGUAGAAGAUGUUUUAAGUUUAAUCACUUUGCUCAUUUUUGUACAAAUAAUUUUCAAUCUGGUGUGAAUGUUAUUGCUGAUGAUGAACAUUAUAAUGAUAACGAUUAUGUAUUAGGAUCAAUUCAAAUUUUUAUGUUGAAAAACUCGGAACAAGAUUGGUUUGAAACACUUUAUAUUCCAGAUUGUGGCAAGUACCUAAAAUUCAAGCUAGACACGGGGGCUCAUGUUAAUGUCAUACCAGAAAAUAUGUGGAGAAUUUUGAAAAUAGGUUCACUAAAAAAAAUUAAACUGAAUAUUACGAAUUAUGGUGGUCAAACAUUGGAUGUUGUUUGUUCCUAUAACUUGCGAGUUGUUUUCAAUGGUAAGAAUUACUUUCUUGAUUUUAUUAUUCUGAAGACCAAUGGAAAUUCACCGCCUGUAUUGGGAAUUCGUAGUUUACAAGAGCUGAAUCUUGUUCAGCGAAAUAUAUUUCAAAUCCAAAAUAAGAAUAUUUUCACUGAAAAUCCAGCAUUGUUCGAAGGUAUUGGUAAAAUUUUGAGUAGUCCGGUGAAUUUUCAAUUGAAACGUGAUUACCAGCCGAAAGUUGUACCGUGUCGUAGAGUACCAUUUCAUCUCAUGGAUAAACUCAAAGCCGAAUUGGAUAGAAUGAUAUCUGAUAAUAUAAUCACAACAGUAAAAAAACCCACAGAAUUUGUUAAUCCAAUAGUAAUUGUCAAGAAACCAGACAAUAGUAUUCGUAUUUGUCUGGACCCCCAAAAUUUAAAUGAUGCAUUGUUAAGAGAACAUUAUGAAAUUCCUACUUUUGAUGAAAUUACACGAGAUAUGUGUGGUGCAAAAAUAUUUUCAACUCUUGAUGCCAGCAAAGGGUUUUGGCAAAUUGUGUUAACAGAGGAAGCUUCUGAGCUAACAACAUUUGCAACACCUUUUGGUAGGUAUAUGUUUUUACGUUUACCAUAUGGUGUAUGUAAUGCUCCGGAAAUUUUUCACAGAACAUUCACAGAAAUUUUUGGAGACAUUAAGGGAGUUAAAGUAUAUAUUGACGAUAUUAUAAUUUACGCAAAAACCUUAAAAGAACAUGAUGAAAUUCUGGAAAAAGUUUUUUUUAGAGCAACAAGAAUGGGCGUUAAAUUCAAUAAAAAUAAAUGUAGGUUUAGAGUAAAAGAAGUUAAGUAUGUGGGACAUAUUCUGACAGAUGAAGGUAUAAAAAUUGAUAAUGAUAAAAUUGAAGCAAUUAAACGAAUAGAUAUUCCAAAAAAUACUAAAGAAUUGAGCAGGUUUUUAGGAAUGGUUACAUAUGUUGCGAAAUGCAUUCCAAAUUUAUCCAAACUCACAUCAAACUUGAGGGCAUUGCUAAAAAAAAGAUGUUGUAUGGGAGUGGAAUGA